UGGAUUGCCAAUCCUAUCUUUGUUUGUUCCUUGUACAUUAGGAUUGAUGGCUUCUCAAUCGGCGAAUGUUUGGGUGCUGCUGGGGCUGGGUAUCGCCGGCAUCUUGCUUCUUACCAGGAAGCUCAAGCACACUGUCAGACAGGAUUUGGGCGCUUUCAUUCAGAUUAUAUUUGACAUAGAGGGACACGUCUCCACUUUCGGGCAUCCUGAUUGGGCACGCACCCAUGAAGCUGCUUCUUCCACUUCUCCCGUAGUCUCCGCUCUCGUUGAAGGCGGUGCGACCUGCCUUGGUACCACUCUUGUCGAUGACCUAGCAUACGGUAUCAGUGGUGAAAAUAAGCAUUAUGGAACGCCAACCAAUCCUUCUGUGCCUGCUCGUGUACCGGGUGGAUCCUCUAGUGGGGCUGCUGUGGCUGUUGCCGCCAAUUUUGUGGAUUUUUCAUUGGGUAUUGAUACUGUUGGUGGGGUGAGAGUGCCUGCUGGGUUUUGUGGCAUUCUAGGAUUUCGACCUUCAUAUGGUGCUGUUCCUCAUGUGGGAAUUAUACCUAUUUCAACAAGUCUAGAUACUAUUGGUUUGUUUGCUAAGGAUCCUCAUAUUUUGUGUCGUGUUGGCCAUGUACUCUUACAAGCACCAUUUGUAACUCACCGGAAUCCCCGGCAGAUAGUUGUAGCUGAUGAUUGUUUUCAGCAUCUAAAUGUUCCUCUUGAAAGGAGUUUGCAGGUGGUGAUCAAAGCCACUGAGAAGCUUUUUGGAAGGCAAGUAUUGAAGCACAUAAAUCUUGAGGACUAUAUAAGUGCUAAAGUUCCUAGCUUGAAGGAGCACUCUAACCAGAAUACAAAUGGUGAACUGAAAUCUUCAUUAAAAUUACUUGCCAACAUUGCUCAAUUCCUACAAAGGCAUGAAUUCAAACUUAAGCAUGAUGAAUGGACGAACACAGUAAACCCCGAUCUUCAUCCAGCUGUCUCAGCACAAUUACAUGGAAAGUUUGAGGUAUCCGAUGCAGAGAUAGAAAAGUCCAAAUCUGUUAGAAGUGACAUGCGUGCUGCUCUAAAUAUGCUUUUGAAGGAUGAUGGAAUUUUGGUGAUCCCAACUGUAGCUGAUCCUCCUCCAAAAUUGGGUGGGAAGGAGAUCCAGUCAGAGGAUUAUCAAAGCCGUGCAUUUAGACUGCUUAGUAUUGCUAGCUUGUCAGGUUGCUGUCAGGUCACUAUUCCACUAGGAUUUUAUGAUAAGUGUCCUGUUUCAGUGUCCUUAAUAGCUCGUCAUGGUAAUGAUCUCUUUCUACUGGAGACUCUAGAAACCAUGUAUACAACUCUUCAAGAGCAGGCAGAUGUUGCUUCCAAGGCUAAAUCAUCAAGAAAUGUUGUCAGUAAGGAAGAGUCUGCUGAAAUAGCAAAAGAGAAGGGAAACCAGGCCUACAAAGAUAAGCAGUGGCAGAAAGCCAUUGGGUUUUAUUCAGAAGCUAUCAAACUUAGUGGCAAUAAUGCAACAUACUACAGUAAUAGGGCUCAGGCUUAUCUAGAACAUGGGAGUUAUCUCCAAGCUGAGGCAGACUGUACAAAAGCAAUUAACCUCGACAAAAAGAAUGUAAAGGCCUAUUUCCGUAGAGGCACAGCUCGAGAGAUGCUAGGCUUCUACAAGGAUGCAAUUGAUGAUUUUAAAUAUGCCCUUGUGCUUGAGCCAACGAACAAAAGGGCAGCUGCAGCUGCUGAAAGGCUGAGGAAGCUAUUCCAGUAGGCUUAUGGCUGUGAAAUUUGAACACAAGGUCGAAGAAGGACAAAAGAGAAGGGGUUGGGGACUUGGGGGUAGGGAGUAAGUGAUCUUAAUGGUCUUUGUAGGGAUGGACAGUAAUACCCCAGAACCAUUUAGGCCUUGAAAUGAUUGAUUGGUAUGCGGUCCUAGUUGCAGUGCGAUAAUCACACAGGAGUAAUUUGAUAUGUGGUUUCUUGCGGAAAAAAUGAUGAUGAUUCUUUUGUUGUUCACGGCAAAGGCUAAUUAUAGACGUUGAAACUUGAAACGUGUAUUCUUAGGUGUUAUUGACACAGUGACGUGUUAUUUCUAUUUGCUAGAAGGAUCCCCAAUUUUGACCACGGUUAAUUUAGUUGUAUUGUAAUAUAGUAUCAGAUAUUAGUCAAGUAAGUUGGAUGCUUUUUCCCAAUCAAUAAUUCUAUGUUGCUUAUUGUGCA